AGAUGGAAUGGAAAUGGUAGCCUGUCAAGUGCAGCGCGUAUCUAGGGCGGGGAGUACUUUUUGUUCGUGAACGUAAAUACGCGAUUUUUUCUUACCAUAAGCACAAAAUUAAAUAAAGCUUAAAAACACUGAUGCUUUGUAUUUAUUUAACCGAUCAAUUGAAAUAGUGCCUGUGAUAAAGGAGUUCCGAUUCCUUGUGUGUAUGUGUGUAUCUUAAGUAGUUGCUACACAUCCUAAUCAAAGAUUUUGCACAAUGACGUAGGACAAAACAAAAAAUUCAAUAAUGAAGACUGCCCCAAAAGCUACAUCGAAAUCCGAACGUUCGAUGAAAAAGAAGAAAACACCAGACAAAAUGAACGAGGACACAAUCUCGGAAACUAUAUCGUUCGUAAUAAAAGGAAAAUUAACACCAAUCAAACAAGAAUUAACACCAAUCACAAAUACCUCUUUAGAUAAUAAAAUCCGUAAAAAGUCAUUGGGCAAGGUAAUCAAAAAGAAGUUAGUGCGAAAAGCCAAGACCGACUUGAAGGAAAAAGCUUUAAAAAUCGGCAAUUUAUGCAAGGUGAAUACCAAAGUUCAAAUUAAAACUGCCAAUAAAACAAGUGCUUUGAACAAAUCUAAGAAGAAACUACCUGACCCAAUCUCAUCACAAAUUACCAGUAGCAUAAGCAAUAUUACAUUGGCUCCUCAUUUGACCACAUGUGUUCAAAAGAAAGGAUCUGAAAAGAAAACACCAACCAAAAAAACAACAGUGACCAAACCUAAGGUUAAAUCGCCGAACAAAUUGUCGGUAGUUAAGCCUAAAAAGAGCAUUAAUUCUACUCAAGUUAAAAGUGAUAAAAAGAAAAUUAUCAAAAAAGCAAUCCUCCUAAGUGAUAAAGUCAAUUUACCUAAAACCAAGAAGAAAUUGGUAAAAAAGCAAGAUGUUCCCAAACCCAACACAAAAACAGACCAGAAAGAAAUCGACGAAGACCAAAAAACAAAGGAGACAAUAGAGAAACUCCUGAAACAAGCAUCCAGAGUUCUCAAAACUCCCCUGAAGAAAUUCAAUAAAGACAAACCAAAGAAAUCAUCGGACUCAAAAACAGGAAAAAAGUCCUCCAAAAAGUUAAAUCAAAAGAAAUCGGAAGACUCGACAACUAAAACGGAGAAACCAGUCGAACCCCCAACCCCAGCAAAAUUCAAAACGGACGACAAACCCGCACCGACCAAAAACGAAGACCCAACCGAUGAGGUCAAAAGCCCGGAACCUAAAAAGGCGCAGGAUAAACCAAAGUCACGUGUACUAGUCAAAAAAAGCCCAAGCAAGUCCGCCGCAAGCACCAACAAGAAAAAAGUUUCGAGCACCGACAGGAAAAUGCGCAAAGUCAAGGAAGAAAUGUUGGAGGAAAUGCCGGAGGAGUUGCCGAAACGGGCCCGGGUGGCAUCAUUAAAUGCGAUGGCCAAGGUGCACUGUUUGUACGAGAACGAAACCAGGGGCAACAUACUGGACAGUUUGGAGGCUGACUUUUUGAAGCCCGUGGUUGUGAAACGGGAGGAUAGGUCUAAAGAUGACGUGGAGGUUAGCACGCGAACGUUGAGGAGCGUGCCAGGCUUGAGAGCUGUGGGAAAACAUUGGGACAUGACUGACACUACCUCCAGUUCUGAGGACAACAGCGGGUAUGAGACGGAUGCGAAGCCAUCCAGACCGAAGGUUAAAAAAGAAGUGGUUGAGAAGAGCGACGGCGAAACCAAGCCGAAGGAAGUGAAGAAGAUGGUGAGGAAGAGACGAAGGAACCAAACCGAACUGUUCAUGGAUCUGAAGGAUAUGGUUGUAAGGAAACGUAUGGCGAGUUUGAACGCCACCGCAAUUUUGGCCGCCAGUUAUUCGACGGAACGCAGAUCCGUCAAAAGUCCGGAGAGCGAGAACAGCUACGGCGACACCGACACCGAAUCGGAGGAGUACAUAAGCACAGACGAGGAGCUGCUGAAGAAGAAAUGUUUCGAGGACGACGUGAAAAAGGAGGAGAAACUCAUAGAGGUGCACACGACGCCGAACAAGAAGGUCGCCGUGAUUUUGAACCAGGACACCGACGUGACCAUUACGGGCGUUUACGUGAACAGCACGACCAGAUCGACCCACCACGAGGGUUACUGCAGCAUCGCCGGAAUGCAGUACCGGAUCUCGGCUACCAGUCAUACGCAGACCGCCGCUACCGCGGUGGCUACCGAGACCUUGCUGCAGUCCGCGACGCAGGGCGGACCAGCCGAGAACAGUAACAGUGAGUCAUUGGCGUCCAGUAAGUCAUACACGCCCCUGGAUGCUCUUUCGAACAUGCAACCACCUCCUGGUCCAGGUAUACAUCAGGGUCACCACCACGCGGUGGUGCACGGGCCUCCGCACGUUCUCCACGUGCCGCCCGCGCACCAGCUCUCGCCCAAAGUGCGGCACGGUUGUUCGAGCGCCUUCUCGUCACCCCACGGACCGCACGGAUAUCCGCCCCCGACCAUAGGACAUCACGGGGAAGAGACUGGAUAUGUUCACGGUUAUUAUCAGCCGGCCGGACCGCUGAUAACAGUGCCGCCGCACGCGCACGGGGGCGCAGGCGGCCCCCAGCCGCCCCCAGUGCAGAUAACCAAAAGUGCGCCGCUGAGUGACGCGUCGCCCAACUCCAGUUCACCGCCCCCGCCAUCCGCCUCCACGCAUCUGCCGCCCCCGGCGCCUCCUUCGUCCAACGGCGACUCAUCCGACAGUGAGGUGAUAAUAACGUCGGUGACGAUGGCGAAGGACGCGUUGCCGCCGGCGCCACCCGCCGCCUCCUUCCGCUUCCAGCAGUACCCGUCGACGCCGCCCAGCUACGCGUACAGCUAUUCCCCAUACCCCUAUCCGACGCCGCCUCCACCCACGCCGCCCUACGCCCACCACGACCUAUGCUACACAAAUCCCUACCUGCACCACAAGUAUCCGCCGCCGCCGGCGGCUGCCUACCGACGCUACCUGCCCAGCACCUCAUACUACACGGCGAAUCCGCCCGAUGUGUAUCCGCCGCCCCCGGCCGGCUCCAGCGCCCAAACCACACAGCAGGUGGUUUCGGCGUCGACGGCCUCGUCAGGCGGCAGCGGUUUCCAGUCUGUGGGAAGCGGCGCCCCACAGCCGCCCCCGCCGACGAUAAUCGAGACGUAUUCCGGUCCGCCUCCGCCCGCCCUCGUCGAAACGUACCAGCCGCCCCCGCCGCCGCCGCACUAUUACGCAUCGGCGUACGGGCCGCCCCCGCCGCCUCCGCCCUCAUGCUACACGCACUCCCCAUCCAGGGCCAUACCCUACAUAAACGCCACAUAUCAGAGCUGUCCCUGUCCAAUGCAGUCGUGUCCAAAAAACGUACUUACUGGGCCUCUUACUGGUGACGGUAAGAGGUCGUCGAACAUCACCAAGGACUCGAUGCCGCUUCCGCCGGUCGCGCUGGCCCUUCCUUUGGAACCGGCCAGUGCAACCGGCCCGCCGUCACCGGCACGCGGCUCCGCUGGCAUGCCGCCACCUCCAUCACCGGCGGGCGCCACUUAUCAGACGCCGCCUGUUACGGCGCCCGCCGCCCCCAAGGAGGAGGCCAGAGACGGCGGCACAAUUGAGGGAAGCCAACAAGUUGAUGGAGUGGGAAAGAAGGAAGAGAAACGAAAAGCGAGGAUAGGAAAAGCGAUGGUCAGGAACGAUAUGAGGAUGAAUACCACACUUCUAAUGUGUAAUCCAGUGAACGACGUCAAACGGGAAAUCGAAAGUCCACAGGAAAAGGUCGAGCCAAUCGUAGAAGAACAGAAGGAGUGUCCGGAAUGUCCGGAACCGGAGGAAACCAAAGUAUCUGUUCUUCCGAUCGAAACGCCGGAAAACGACGUCAACGACAACCAUCGACUCGUCCCGGAACUGAAGGAGGAGAAGGAACUGGUGCGAGUGCCCACUCCGAAAGAAUCAACACCUGAACCACUGCAGCCGUGCAUAUCCACAGUAGCGGAAAAUGUGAAGGUGAAAAACAUGAAAAGAAAGAUGUCGUUAUCUAGUGAAUGUGUACCUGAACCCAAGAAGAUCAAGCCGGAGCCUUCGUUAAGCGCCUACAAGAGCUUCAUAAAGAAGGAUCCGGCCAAAGUCAAGAUCACCAAUGGCAAAAAGAAGCUGUUGACGUCCAACGUGCGCAGGACCAAAGUCCGAAAACAAGUCAAAGUCAAAGCGAAACCCAAAGCUAGGGUGGGCGCUAGGAACCGUGUCAAGGCGGAACCCGCCGAUGCAGAAGUCAAGAGAACCAAGCAGAAAAAGAACCAAGUCAAUUCUAAAAUAUAUUCUAAGUCAGAGGAGGCAUUGUGUGACAAGCCUUCCAAGAGGAACAGUGUCGACGAAGUCAUUGAAAGUGUCGUGUGCGAGUCGAGGACAUUCAAGAAGUGUGGCGUCCAAAAACUGAAGAAGGAACCAGCAGUCAGGCGCGGUACAAAUGUCAAAAAGACGAAAGUACAAGUAAAAACCGAGGAGUCACCGCCGGAGCCUGUCAAGACGGAAAAGGGUAAAACGAAGAUUGAAGUGAAGAAGGCAGCGGCAGCGCCCAAGAAGAGGUCGAAGAGCAAGGAAGUGGUACCUGAAGUCAUCCAGAAGAUACCCAGGAGAUCGUCCGUGCUUCCGAAGUGGUCCAACGGGUGGACGUUCGAAGGAGAACCUUACGAAGGAAAAGUUUUCCUAAAUAGCGAUGAAACAAUAGUGCAACGUCUGUGUUACCCAGCAAUAAGACACACCAGCGGUGACCUCCUCCAGCCAAAGGACUGCGUCCUUUUAAAAGCGGGACCUAGGAGAACGGAACUGCCGUACGUGGCUAAAAUAGCUGCCCUUUGGAAGAAUCCUGAAGACGGUGAGAUGAUGAUGUCCCUGUUGUGGUACUACAGACCGGAACACACGGAACAAGGAAGAGGACCCGCCGACUGUCCCGACGAAGUUUUCGCGUCGAGACACAAGGACUCCAACAGUGUCGCGUGCAUUGACGACAAGUGCUACGUGCUGACGUUCAACGAAUACUGCAGGUAUCGGAAGGAGUUUAGAAGAUUGGAGGAGGGCGUGACGGAGCCGAAGUCGUGCAUGCCAAGUUUGGAAUCAUAUCCCCGUGAGAACCGCCAGCCUCCCGAUCCUCUGAGGAUAUCUCCCGAGAUGGUGUUCUUCUGCCGCAGGGUGUACGACUUCAGGCAAAAGAGGAUGGUCAAAAAUCCAACAUAAUUACUUUGUUUUCUACUUGCGUUAUCCGUUAGGUUCUUGUUUCAGUUAUAUAUUUAUAUUUUCUGUUUGAAAAAGAUCGUUGUUCGUUAAAUAUAUUUUCAACAAAGUUGAAAUGUAGUUUAUACAUUGCGGUUAGUAUUUUAUAGAUACAGUGCCGCCUAUUUAACUGCAAAUCAAAUAUAGUUUUUAAUAUAUAUUUAAUAUUCCAAAAGUCAGGUUAUAUAGUGAUUGUGUUAAAAACGUUUUGUAUAUAAGGUUUUCCAAAAAAAAUUAAGAAAAACAUCAAGUAAAUAUAUAGUAUACAUAUUGUUGUAUAAGGGAACAUGUACUAUAAGGAAAAUAGCGUUAUCAUAUGUAUAGAAAAUAGAGAUAUAUAUUUAACAUAAAAAUGUAUUACAAAUUUUAGUGUUAGAAAGCUGUGUACAUGGUGUGUGUGCUUUUUUAGAUUGUAGUAGUAUUUUGUCAAUGUUAUCUAUUAAAUCUUUUAUAAUAUUAUAAAGUAGACAAAUGUGCUAAAUUUUAAUAUUUAAAAUACAAAAAGAGUACAAUUCACCGUUCGAGUUAGGCCACUGCUUUGAAAUUCUUCCAAAAAUUAUAAAACUAGGAAAAUUUUACACAAUCUUUCUUACAAACAAAGUAAUCAGUAUUAGAAUUAUUAAUUUUAAUAUGAUAUGCAUAUUUUGAUAAAUAUGAAGUAUGGUUUUAACUUUUAAAAAUUAUUUAAAACGACAAAUAUUCGCUGCAUUAACAUUUAUUUAAUUAUACCGAGAAUCUUUAAAUGUUGAUAAUUUAAUUCUAAGUCAAAUUGUUAAUUGUUUUCUCUUAAAAACCACAAACACCACAUUUAAUAUAUUCAUAAUUUAUUUUCUAAAUAAACAAAUUUUGUUAUAUCAAAUAUAUAUUUAUAUUAUUGUUCAAAGUGUAAUUAAAUUGUUUGGAAUUCUAAUUUUAUGAUUAUUUUAUUUACACUAAACUUAUUUUAAUGAAAAUCGUUGCUUAUAAAAUUAGAGUAAUUAAUUUAGCAAAAAAUGAAAUUGUUUUCAAGUGAAAUAUUUCAAAUUAUUAUAUUUAGUAGUGUUCAUAAAUGUUACACUUUUUGAAACAAUUAAUUAUAAACACCAAAAACUGAUUGUAUAUUUUCUCAUUAAAGUGUUUUAUCAUUUUUUAUUUAUUUCAUACAAAUAUCCUUACACAUAUUUUGAAAGGUAAAAUUAAAAAUAUAUUAGUUUAUAUAUUGACAGCAGUUUAAAAUAAAAUAUUCUUGCACCUUUUAUAUAAGAUAUUUUAUUUAAUUCGUACAUAAUUUAUUAACUUACUUAAUAAUUUACAACAUUUAUUAUUGACGUAAUCUUAUGUUUAAUUAGAUAUAGAAUUAUAUCCUUGCAAUUGGUUGUGUAAAAAUUUCUGAUUAUGCAAGUGGCGUGAAUCGUUCGUUUUAUAAUUUAUUUGUUUGAUUUUCGGUAUUUACGUUAUGCAUUUUUAUAUUAGUCUUACCUUACAAUUAGCUUCUUCCUAAUUUCCUAAAAUUAUAGUUAAAACAUGCAUGUUAACAGAAGCGAACCGUAUUAUUACAAAAAGUUUUCAACUAUAGUAUAAUUUUUUUUAACAAUGUACCUAUUAUACGUUUAUUGUUUAGACUUCUUGUUUUUAUUAUUAGGUUUUAUAAAGUUUAUUUUUUAUUUAUGAAGUAAUAUAUUUCGUCUUGCUCAUAGAGCCUUAUUAAAAUGGUUACUCAUGUUUUGUAACCAAAGUUAACAAUACUAUUUAUUAUCAACUAGUAAUGCAACUAUUGUUUUUGUAUGUAAUUUGUAUAAUUGAAUACUAGUUCAUUAUUUUUAUAUGUACUCCAAUAUUAAUAUAUUUUGUUAAAAUUUACCCUUUGCCUUCUAGGUGCCUUUCAAAUACCCUAAGGCUGCUUUUUUCGUCAUCCUUUUAGUUACUUUACAAAACACCCAUUUCAAAAUAAAUGUGUGAAAGUAUUAUAGUACUUUUAUUGUAGUUGCUCCAAAAACUAAAAUUAAUUACUUACCUCUUCCACAAAAUAUUGAAAAGAAAAGAAUCUUAAAGGAAUUGUUAUGGGAAAAAAUUGUAAUUACAAAAGAAACCUAAAAUUCGUAUUUAAAUGGAGCUUUAUUUUUGUAUUAACUAUUACACUGAACUGUUUUAACUGAUUUAAUUCAAGAUCAUCCUGACAUUUAUUGUCACAUCCCAUUCACAACAAAAAAUAUUACUUAAUAUCAACUAGAAUAAUAAAAUUCAAGUAAAUAAUAAUCAAACGUAACUAAAAUGAAAAACAAAGUAUUUGAUAUGUUAUAUAUUUGACUUUCUACUCUAGAGCAUUUAUUUGAAACACAAAGUUAAUUUAUACAAAUGUCAUUUAAAUAAGAUAUAUAUUAUGUACAAUUAAAAUAUAAAUAUAUUACCUAGCAAUACAUUCAAUGAGAAGGGCUGCAUUUUAAAAUUUAAAGGCAUCGAAAAUACUACUAGUGUAGAAGUCUUAAAAUUAAAUCUGAUAAAAAUUUCUGUUAUACUAAAUAAUACGAUUAUUUAUUAGAAUAACACACUUUACACACAAAAGAUAAUAUACAAUUUCUUUUUCAAAAAAUUGAUCAAUUCAACCUGUACUUUUUGUGCACUUAUUAAAUGGAAAAUUGAUCUAAGUCACUUUUGGAGGCAAAGUGACGUGAAGGUGUUGUUGAAAUGUGACAAUGUCUUUAAUUUGCAUUGCACUUCAAAAGCAAUAACAAUUCUAAUAUUUUUUUAUUUCAUUCAGUUCUCUAAAGCAUAAGCUAAAAGUACAGAAUUACUCUUGAAUAAUAGCUCUUUAUAUCCAUAUCACACACCCUUUGAAAUAGUAUUUUUACACCAUCUCCCUGAUUUCUCUUCACAAUUAUGUCAAAAAAAUUGACAAGGAUAGGAUCGCAAUCCCGGAAGUGUUCGAAAGC